CUCCCGAAUCUUCGCCAUGCCAUUGAUACGUAAAGAGGGCAAAGACACCAUUAUCUUCGCAUCUAAGGAGGAUCAUGCGGUGCCCAGUAAGAUUAGUCUUCCUGAACCAGAGCCUAGUCCCGGACUGUUGUUGCCUAAUGGCGAGAUCAAUUGGAAUUGCCCGUGUCUGGGUGGCAUGGCAACCGGGCCAUGUGGUUUAGAAUUUCGCGAGGCUUUCUCCUGCUUUCACUACUCGACCGCAGAUCCGAAGGGCUCGGAUUGUCGCAAAGCAUUCGAGACGAUGCAGAGCUGCAUGUCGCAAUAUCCGGCACUAUACGAGAGCAAGGGCAUGCCGACAGACGAUCUGGAAGGCGAAGAGGAAAUCGAGGAAGACGAGGAGGAGGAGAAGAAGCAGCCGUCGGCGGGCAGCGAGGACAAGAGAAAGGCGAUGGUUGUUAGUCAAGGUGCAGCAGAUUAGCGAUAGUCGUCUUCCUCUUGUCUUUCUAUCUUAAUUAAUUACUUUAAGUAAAUUAACUUUACCUGUUGCACUGUAUAGUUCAAAAUAAAUUUAAAAAAACACAAUUAUAAAGUCAGAUUAAUCAAAUUGCUUUGCGAACAACUUGGAGCAGGUAGAAUUGCGGAUGAAAAUAAUCUAGGGAUAUCUUGCGAAGGAAAACUUCAGUAUUAUGUGGAAUUAACAAUUUAAUUUCUU